UAAUAGGUGUUUAAAAAUGUCGAAACAUUUAAAACUCCCUGAAGAACUAUGCUGCAACCCAACGCCAUUCAUUGUACUUACUGGUUUGGAUAACGUUUACAAUGCAGUGCAUAAAUCAAUCUGGGAUGCAUUUUGCAAUAACCGCCGUAAUGACCGAUUGCAAAUACAGUUUUCAUGCCUUCCUGGAGAUCAUGCAUAUCCAAGAAGUAAGACAAAGAGAACAUCGUAUGAUUGGUAUAUACCCAAAGGUCUACUGAAGUCUAGCUGGAUGAAAAAACACCUUUCCCUGCUCCCUUCUGUCGUGGUUGUCUUUUUUGAACUAGACUGGGACGACCCUGCAUGGAAAGAAAGGCAUCUAGCUUGUGCCUCAAGAGUACAAGUAGUACGAUCCAGUUUACAAGGUCGCACGACUAAAGUCGCGGUCGUUUUGAUACAGAAAAGCACCCCCUUGCCGCCAGGAGAGGAUAUGGUUGCUGCAGAAAGAGCAGCGGCAUUAUGCAGCGCUUGUGAACUCUCUGCAAAGUCUCUUUUCAUUCUACCGCACACAGACCAGCUGCUUGGGUAUAUAAUUCGGCUCGAAAAUGCUUUUUACGAGCUAUCGCAGGUCUACUAUAGAACAGAGGCACGCAGAGUUAAAGCACAUAAGGAGUUUCUAAAUAAAACAACACACCAGCUUUUAUUUCCAAGGCACCAAUUUAAAAUCGGAUUUUUCAAUGAAAUGAUUCAAGAUCCAACGAGUGCCCUGAAGCAUUACCGUCACGCAUACACUCAUGUCCAUGAACUACGCACUUACGAAAGCAACAACCUUGAAAUUAAGCUAGUAGGGGGCUUUGUAAACUACAAAAUCUGCAAAUUGUGUUUUUUGAAGCUAAACGCCCCUCUAGAUGCAAUAACCCAGUUCAGACAGCAUGUUGAGCAGUUCAAAUCAAUGUGUGGCUCACAGGAUCUCUUAUUUGAACACAGUGCUUGGCUAAGCCACCAGUAUCAGGUGUUUGCUGACCUUUUCAGUGAAGCAAUUUCAAAAGGCCUGUCUGCCAUUCAAACCCAGCACCCUGGCUUCUACUACAACCAGGCAGCUUACUAUGCGAAAAUCCGAAAGCAAUGCGCCCAGAAAUUAAAGGCUUCUUUACAAGAUCAAACAUACCCCUCAGAAGACCCUUUGAAAGUGGAAGUGCUUGAGUUUUACGGCCAACGGCCUUGGCGGCAAGGACAGCAAAGGAUUGACCCUGCUGAUCACAGCAAAGAAAAAGAUGGCAUAAUGGCUUUGCAGUUAGAGGAGACAAAACAAGACCAUUCACUGCAAAUUAUUUCCCUUCUUGGCUCCGCUAUCUCUAUAUUUAAGAACUAUCACUGUCAUCGGCUUAAACGGCAACUCACAGUGCAGAUGGGAGAAGAAUAUUACCACGCUGGGGAUUACAUGAAAGUAGUUGCUCUACUGACACGCGCAACUGCUGACUAUCGUACCGGACGCUGCUGGUUGAUCCUAUCGAAAAUCCUCUGGAUGUUGCUCCACUGUUCCUACCUCACAGCAGAUCUUGAGUCAUUUUUGAUCCAUUCAACUCAACUAUUAAGCCGCCAUCUAAGUAUCCCGCAUGAUGAUAAAAUCACAGUCCAGCACAGCUUAAUGAAUCUUCUCAUGAGGCAGAUCCCUCUUCCGAUUCUGCUCCCAGCAUCUUUCGAUCAUGUCCCGGAGCACCAUACCUCCGCCUACAACGACGCAGAAGAAAAAUGGAAAACUCUUUUGUCAUCACCAAAAUCGUUUCCUGUCUACUCUCUACAAGUAACAGAUGCAAUUCCGUUCGUGGAAUGCAAGUUCCAGUUUUCCAAGCCUCAGUUUACAAUGGAAGAGGUAAUAGCACUGCAUGUGUUCACACGUGUUACAUGCCCUGCCCCAUGCAAAAUCUCCAAGCUCUUAGUUCUACUCAACAACGGUACAGAGCUCUCUGUCGAAGAAAAUGCAGAAAAAGAUGCGAAAAAAUCAGACCUAAAACAGUAUACACCAUUUGAAAUUAAAGAACACGUUUUGAAAUUUUUAUGCAGCCCACACGAGAAACAGAAUGUUCUAGAAGUCCGACAAUUAUCCGUUCUGCUUGGCUCCAGUAAUGGUCUAAGUAUUGACCUGAUAUGGUCUGAUCAGUUUGUGGAUGCCGCCACUGAUCCAAAGCCUUCUUCCCCUUUCAGUAUGGCUCAACUUGGAGGCGAGAAAUGCUGGGAUGACAUCUCUAACAUCACUUCAACUGAGAUUGUAGAGUGUCCCUCUCGCUUGAAAGUAAAUAUCCUUCACAAAACUCCAGCUUUUGUGGGAGAGGCAUACGCGAUAGACAUCAAAAUAAACUCAUCAGAAAGCAAUGAUUUCACUGCAGAGAAUGUUACAGCCGUUUUAUCACUUAAACAAAAUGAGAAUUCUGAAACAGAAGCUCAUCUUUCUGAAAAAUGCUCUGAUUUACACACUUCCAAAGCCAAAUCUCUGCAAUUAGCUUUAGGAAACAUGGAAACCAACCAAACAAUUGAAAGAACAGUAUACGUACAGACCACGCAAGCAUCUGUGCUCCACUUUUCCCUCCACGUUUCUUACCAGAUGCAAAAACCUUCAGAACUCCCCAAAACUGGUGUUCUGACCUGCACGAGCUCAGAGAGCAUUGAUUUUGCUGUUGAGGUUCUAACUCCAUUCAAUUUCACGGCACAUGUCACUUCCUUGAACCUGGACUCGGUUUCAACUGUCAAUCAAAAUCAACCUUUUAUAGUUUUGGUCAAUGUGUCGUCGGAAAAUUUCUCUCCUAUUCAAAUUAAUUCAUUUUCUUUGCACCUUAACGAAAAUGAUGGUUUCAAAACUGCAGGUGAACAGAGUCCAGCGUUGGAUGGAAAAGUACUUCAACAGCGAGAAUGCGCUGUAGGAGCCUUUACAGUCCUCUGUGACAAGUCCCACGACCCUAGUACUUCGUUUUUAAUCGGUUCUUGUACUUUUGAAUGGUCUCGUUUCGAAUCCGAAAACCCUGCUCAAAAAGUGACACUCCAGCGAAAACUUCCAAGCAUUUUAGUCAAAUCCAGCCCAGUUUCUAUAACCGCCGCUGUUCCCGCUUUCGGGCACCUGCGACAGAAGCUGACCAUUACAUAUUCGUUAAAAAGCCACAUCUCGGAGCCUCAGACUAUAGAAAUCAGCUGUGAGGGCUCUGACGCUUUCAUGUUUUCCGGUACGAAAAAUUCCACAGGUUUUCUUGCACCAGGUGAAGCUCACAACUAUUCAUACAACUUUUUCCCGCUAGCUAUCGGCUACCAAGAGCUCCCCAGGUUCAUGGUUUCAUGCACCAAGCAUGCUGAAGAUGAAAAAGCAGCGCAAAAAGUUGACCAAUAUCCACAAAACCGAUUUAUUUUUGUUAAACCGCUCACUGAAAAGCAAUUGUAGUUUUUUGACGCAUUCUUUUUUUUCGCUAAUUUUUACUUAAAAAAUAAAAUGCAAAUAUAUAUAUAUAUAGAUAUCAUUCUAGAUUACAUAGUGAUUUCGUAAUGAUCGCAAUUCGCUAAUAUAUUGAGUAACACAUAUAAUAUAGACGUAGAUAAAUAUUUUAAAUGUUAUUCUUUUAAGCUAUUACGGUCUUUUGAAUUACUUCAAAAAUUCUGUCUUUCUGAUUUAUUUCUAAAUAUUUUGCUUGUAAUUAAACCAUUGUCACAGCCAGGCUUUUAAACAACCCUUUGAUAAACUUUAGGUGCCAAAACUAGGCUGGUAAAAUUUUUUACACUACAUUUAUCAGUAAACAUUGGAAUUAACUUUGUUGCACAGCUAAAAAAAAAAGAAAGGGAGGGUUCAAUCUAAAACAAAUUGAAAGAGGUUUAAUUUACAUUUUUUAUAAAGGGGGCCACGCAAACCUUUCUGGCUGCGCCCCUGUGUAUAUGUCUACGGCUGGCUACCUCCCCUGCCCUUU